ACUGCUCCGACUGCUUUCCUUCCGCUCCCCAUUGCGUUCUCCCUGGUGCAAUGGCUUCUGGACUGGUGAGGCUGUUCCAGCUUGGGCCUCGCCGCCUCCUGGCGCGGGACGCCCCGACGCUCGUCUUGCCGGUUCGGGGAGUGAAGAAGGGGUUCCGCGCCGCCUUCCGCUUCCAGAAGGAGUUAGAGCGGUGGCGUCUGCUCCGCUGCCCGCCGCCGCCCGUGCGCCGUUCAGAGAAGCCCAACUGGGAUUACCAUGCUGAAAUACAAGCUUUUGGACAUCGGUUACAGGAAACCUUUUCCUUAGAUCUUCUCAAAACUGCAUUUGUUAAUAGCUGCUACAUUGAAAGUGAAGAGGCAAAACGGCAAAAUCUUGGGGUAGAUAAGGAAGUUGCUCUUCUGAAUCUCAAAGAUAAUCAAGAACUAUCUGAAGAAGGAUUGUCUUUUUCACAAACUUGCCUCACACACUUUCUUGAAGAUGAGUUCCCACACUUGCCCACUGAAGGCAUCAGAAGUCUAGUUAACUAUCUCACUGGUGAGGAAGUUGUGUGUCACGUGGCUAGAAACUUGGCUGUCGAGCAGUUAACGCUGAGUGCAGAAUUUCCAGUCCCCCCACCUGUAUUGCAGCGGACUUUCUUUGCAGUGAUUGGAGCCCUGCUACAAAGCAGUGGACCUGAGAGGACUGCACUUUUCAUCAGGGAUUUCUUAAUUACUCAAAUGACUGGAAAAGAGCUAUUUGACAUAUGGACAGUAAUAAAUCCCAUGGGAUUGCUGGUAGAAGAAUUGAAGAAGAGAAACAUUUCUGCUCCUGAAUCUAGAAUUACGAGGCAGUCUGGAAGCACCACAGCUUUGCCUUUGUAUUUCAUUGGUUUAUACUGUGACAAAAAGUUGCUUGCAGAAGGACCUGGGGAAACAGUGCUGGUUGCAGAAGAAGAAGCUGCCCGAGUGGCCCUUAGGAAACUUUAUGGAUUCACAGAAAACAGAAGGCCCUGGGACUAUUCCAAACCCAAAGAGGACCUGAGGGCAGAAAAGACCAGCUCUGCCAGCUAGCCAGCCAGCAAGGUGGCACUUUGGAAUUAGUGAGCAAAACCUUAGGAAAUUGUCGGAGGUGUUCCAAGCUCAGUAUUUUCGAGAAUAUAAAGACAUAGAUCUUCAUAUUGUCUUCCUAAAAUUACAUAAGCAUCUAGCAGGUCACAGGUGGUUUGUUUUUAAUCUUCACUUUUCAAGAAAUUUUGCCUAAAGUCCUUGGUUUUAUUAUGUAUAAUUUGUACAGCUAGGUAUAUUUUAAAUGUAUUUCUUAUGGAAACUUUGCUGUGAUACCAAUAAAACCGUUACUCUUUC